GGGAUCGCAUCUCCCUUGUUCUGUCCUCAUCCGUGGAGCUGCGAUCUGUAAGGUGGUGGGAGCUGCAGGCGGAAUCGGGAGGCCCAGGAACCAGAAAUGGACUCAGUGGCCUUUGUGGAUGUUAAUGUGGAGUUCACCACAGAGGAGUGGGCUUUCCUGGAUCCCACCCAGAAGAAACUCUACACAGAUGUGAUGCUGGAAACCUUCUGGAACCUGGCAUCAGUUGCAUGUAUUUUAGAAGAAGAAUGUGACGACCAUGACAAUGAAGAUCAGAAUGAAAAUCAUGGGAUGAUUCUUAGCAGUCAUAUGGUAGAGAGACUCUGUACAAAGAAGGAUGGUAGUCAAUGCAGAGAAAACUUCAGUCAGAUUCCAAAUCAUAAUGAAAAGAAGGAAACUCCUACGGAAAUAAAACAACCUAAAUCCAGGUCGUGUAGGCAAAUCUUCAUGCGUUACUUAUCCUUGAAUAACCACCUUAGCUCUCACAUUGGACUCAAACUACACCUGUGUCAGGAAUAUGAAGAAAACCCUUAUAAAUGUAAGGAACCUGAGAAAGCUUUCAAGCAUCACCAACAUAUUCAAAGACAUGAAGGCAGCCCCAGUGGGAAAACUUUCCACUAUUCAGCUUCCCUUAAAAAUCAUGAAAGAAUGCAUAUUGCUGGGAAACCUAAUGAGUGUAAGCAAUAUGGGGAAGGUUUUAGUCGUCUCAUUUUCUUUAAAGUUCACAAAAAUACUCAUAGCGGAGAGAAACCAUAUCAAAGUAAGCAAUGUGGCAAAGCUUUCAAUUCUCCCAAGUACUCUGGAGAAAAUGAAAGAACACACACUGCAGAAAAGCCCUAUCAAUGUCAGAAAUCUGGAAAAGCUUUCAGUUCCACUUCUCUUAGAAAUCAGGAAAGAACACACACUGGUGAGAAACAUUAUGAAUGUGGGAAUGUCUUCAGUUGGCUCAGCUCUCUUGGAGAACAUAAAAGAAGUCAGGCCAGAAAGCAGCCUCAUGAAUGUAAAGAAUGUGGUAAAACUUUCCUUUAUCCCUUUUUACUUAAAAUUCAUGAAAGGAGGCAUACUGGGGAAAAACCCUAUGAAUGUAACCAUUGUGGUAAAGCUUUCUUUCAUCCAACUUCCUUCCGAAGUCAUGUAAGAGCUCAUAAUAAGGAAAAAUUCUAUGAGUGUAAGCAAUGUGGGAAAGCCUUCAGUUCUCUCGGCUCUCUUGGAAAACAUAAAAGAAAUCAUCAUGGAAAGAAGCCUUAUGAAUGUAAGGAAUGUGAUAAAACUUUUCUUUAUCCUUCUUUGCUUAGAAUUCACGAAAGAAUGCAUACUGGGGAAAAACCUUAUGAAUGUAACCAUUGUGGUAAAGCUUUCUCUUAUCUAACUUCCCUCCAAUGUCAUGAAAGAACUCAUAAUAAGGAAAAACCCUAUGAAUGUAAGCAAUGUGGGAAAGCUUUCCGACAUCCCAUUCUUCUUAGAAAUCAUGAAGGGAUGCAUACUGGGGAGAAACCCUAUGAAUGUAAGCAAUGUGGGAAAGCCUUCAGUUCUCCCAAUUCUCUUGCAACGCAUAAAAGAAAUCAUGAUGGAAGGAAGCCUUAUGAAUGUAAGGAAUGCGGUAAAACUUUCCUUUAUCAGUAUUCCCUUAGAAUUCAUGAAAGAAUGCAUACUGGGGAAAAACCCUAUGAAUGUAAGCAUUGUGGUAAAGAUUUCUUUCAUCAAAGUUCCCUACGACGUCAUGAAAGAACUCAUACUGGGGAAAAACCCUAUGAAUGUAAGCAAUGUAGUAAGACUUUUAGUUUUUCCAAAUCUCUUGGCAAUCAUGAAAGAACGCAUAUUAUGGAGAAAACCUAUGAGUGUAAGCAGUGUGGGAAAGCUUUCAGAUAUUCCAUAUCUCUUAGAAAUCAUGAAAGAAUGCAUACUAGGGACAAAUCCUAUGAAUGUAAGCAAUGUGGGAAAGUUUUCAGACAUUCCACUUUUCUUAGAAAUCAUGAAAGAAUGCAUACUGGGGAGAAACCCUAUGAAUAUAAGCAAUGUGAGAAAGCCUUCAGUUCUCCCAAUUCUCUUGCAACACAUAAAAGAAAUCAUGACGGAAAGAAGCCUUGUGAAUGUAAGGAAUGUGGUAAAACUUUCCUUUAUCCUUCUUUGCUUAGAAUUCACGAAAGAAGGCAUACUGGGGAAAAACCCUAUGAAUGUAACCAUUGUGGCAAAGCUUUCUCUUAUCUAACUUCCCUCCAAUGUCAUGAAAGAACUCAUAGUAAGGAAAAACCCUAUGAAUGUAAGCAAUGUGGAAAAGCUUUCCAACAUCCCAUUCUACUUAGAAAUCAUGAAAGGAUGCAUACUGAGGAGAAACCCUAUGAAUGUAAGCAAUGUGGGAAAGCCUUCAGUUCUCCCAAUUCUCUUGCAACACAUAAAAGAAAUCAUGACGGAAAGAAGCCUCAUGAAUGUAAGGAAUGUGGUAAAACUUUCCUUUAUCCUUCUUUGCUUAGAAUUCAUGAAAGAAUGCAUACUCGGGAAAAACCCUAAGAAUGUAAGCAUUGUGGUAAAGAUUUCUCUCAACUAACUUACCUCCAUUGUCAUGAAAGAGCUCAUACUGGGAUAAAAUGCUAUGAAUAUAAGCAUUGUGAUAAAGGUUUCUAUUAUCUGUUUUCUCUCUAACAUGAAAGAACUCAUACUGGGGAAACACCCUAUGAAUGUAAGCAAUGUAAAGCUUUCUUUUAUGCACAUUCCCUCUAAAGUCAAGAAAGAAUUCAUAAUAAGGGAAAACCCUAUCAAUGUAAGCAAUGUGGAUAAAACCUUCAGUUUGCUCACACAUCUUCAAAGACAUGAAAAAACAUGAUGGGGGAAAACCUUAUGAAUGUAAGCAAUGUGGGAAAACUUUCUGUUGUACUUCACAUCUUCCAAGGUAUAAAUGAACUCAUGAUGGAAAGAAGCCUCAUGAAUAAGGAAUGAGGUAAACCUUGUUGUUAUCCCCUUUUCUCGUAGGUAUCAUGAAAUGUAUAUUGGGGAGAAACCCUAUGAAUGCAAGUAAUGUGGGAAAGCCUAUAGUCAUCCCAGAUCCUUUGAAAUUCACAAAAAUUCUCAUAGUGGAGAGAAACCAUAGCAAUGUAAGGAAUGUGGUAAAGCCUUCAGGUUCUAACUAGUUUUUACAAACAAAAAUGUAUUGAUAAACACUGUUAAUGUAAAGAAUAGCAAAGAGCCUUCAUUUAUCUCCAGCUGUGCCAUCUUGUAUGAUUAUCCUUCUUGGGGAUGGACCCUAGAAAUGUAAGAGGGUUAGAAAGCAUUCAUUUCUUCCAGUUUAUUGUAAAGGAUGAAAGAACUCACUGAAGAGAAGCCCUGUCAUGUGAACAUGGUAGAAGAGCCUUUGGCCACCCUAGUUCUUUACAAAAUCAUGAAGGGACUCACACCCAAGAGUAAGUAUGAACAUAAGGAAUGUGGGAGAGCCUUUUUUAGUCAUGUGAAAAUGCACCUGGAGAAAUAGUGUAUACAUAUAGAGAAGGUGCGGAGGCCUUCAGCUGUCCCUCUUCCUUGGAAAGGUCACGAAAAAAAAGUGGAGAAUUGUAUUGAAUGUAAAAAUGUAGGAAACUUUCAUGUUGCUUCAUAUCCCCACAAUACCAUGUGAUAAUGGACACUGUAUAAUUGACAAUGAAAACUUUAAAACUUUAACACAUACUUGCAAACUAGUUUGAAGACUGCACUGAAAAAAAAAUCCUAUUAGUGUAACUAAUUGGUACAUAUAAGUUGCAGAUUAAGUCACAUACUUCACAACACUCACAGCAUUAAAGUUCUAUAAACUUUUGACAUAUUUGCUCAUUAUCAGUACUCAUUCUUUGUUAGUUUUUUAAAUUUCUUUUUUGGAAUGAGGAAGAGAGAGAGUAGUGGAGAGAAACGUUGAUGUGAGCAAGAAACAUAAAUAGUUGUCUUUUCAUGUGCCUUUCCAGGGAUCGACCCUGUUAAUACUCCGUAAUGUGCCCUGACAGGUAUUGAAUGAAUAAGCCCUACACUUGAAUUCUUUUUUAAUUUUUUAAUUAAAUUCUUUUUCAAUUUUUUAACAGCACUUGAAAUUCACAAUUAUCUAAUCUAAUACCAAACAUGCAAAUUUACUAUACCUUUACUAUGCCUUAAGCCACGCCCACCAGCCAAUCAGAGCAAAUAUAUGCAAAUUUACCCAACCAAGAUGGCGGCCGGCAGCCACGGAGCUGUAGUGAGCAGGAGGCUUGCGUGCUCCAGUGAUGGAGGAAGCCAAGCUUCCCCCCUGCUGCAGCCGGCUCUGAGCUCCACUGAAGGCAACAAAGUUUCAAUUAUAGAAGUUAAAUAAAUCCCAGAAUAAAAAAAGAUCAAAAGGAGAGCCUGGGAGCUUCCGUCGCAAGGGGGCUUGGCCAGCCUGAAAACGGCCCUCACCCCCUCACCCAGACUGGCCAAGGAACCCAGUGGGGACCCUCCAUUCUAAAAGGGAUGUGGCCAGCCUGAAAACAGCCAUCAGCCCUUCACCCAGGCUGGCCAAACCUCCAUGGGGUGAGGGUCCCCACUUGGGGUGGGGGCUUGACCCGCCUGCAGAGAGCCAUCAGCCCUUCACUCAGGCUGGCCAGGCACCCCAGUGGGGAUCCCCACUCUGAAGGGGGUGUGACCAGCUUACAAACAGCCAUCAGCCCCUCACCCAGGCUGACCAGGCACCCUAGUGGGCACCCCCACUCUAAUCCGGGACACCUUUCAGGGCAAACCAGCCAGCCCCCACCCAUGCACGAGUUCUCUAUCCUAUAUAAUAAAAGGGUAAUAUGCAAACUGACCCUAACAGCAGAACAACUGGGAAUGAUUGGUCACUAUGACACACUGACCACCAGGGGCCAGAUGCUCAAUGCAGGAGCUGCCCCCUGGUGGUCAGUGCGCCCCACAGGGGGAGCUCUGCUCAGCCACAAGCCAGGCUGAUGGCUGCCAGUACAGUGGCGGUGGUGGGAGCCUCUCCUGCCUCCUCAGCAGUGCUAAGGAUGUCUGACUGCAGCUUAGGCCUGCUCCCUGCUGGCAAGUGGACAUCCCCUGAGGGCUCCUGGGCUGCCAGAGGGAUGUCUGAUUACCAGCUUAGGCCCAAUCCCCCGGGGAGCGAAUCUAAACCAGCAGGUGGUCAUCCCCCAAGGGGUCCCAGACUGCGAGAGGGCUCAGGCCGGGAUGAGGGACCCCCCCACACCCUGAGUGCACAAAUUUUUGUACACUGGGCCUGUAGUUUUAGUUAAUAAGUAUGUGUUAUAUAUUUGUAUUUAUUUAUAGUUCACUGUAGAGUCCCAUGUGAAUUAUUUUCAUGUUUGAUUUUUGUGGUGCUUUUAGCUGGGAACUAUGCUAUAAAGUUUACAUUAAGAAAAUAUUUUAGUUUGUUUUUCUCAAUCUUGGCCUUGACAGCCAAGAAGAUCGUCAAAACUGCAAGCCACUGCUUUACUUCUUUUGAUGUUGGGUAUAGGCUUUACAGUUGUGCAGAAUUCAACAGUAAAGACCCAGCAUAGGUUGGCUUUUCCUGCAAGCCCAUAGGUGUCCACCAGGCAACAAAUGUGGACUGUCAUGGCAGUUUUCUGAAGGGUGCGCUCUGUUCUCUAGAUUGCAUUUACAUGAGGUCUAAUUUGACUAGUAAUCAUCUCGUCCUGUUGUUAUUACUACUGACUGUGAUUCAGAUCCCACUGUGACAGCUGCAGUGGUGCAGUGCCACGGAGCCCCGUGACAGUUGGCUCUUGUACCACCCUCUGCAGUGAGGGCUCUGAGCCAGUCCUUCCAUGUGAGAAUCGGCACUUUCCCCAUUGCAGGCAGACUCUGGAUGUGUGCUGUUGUUACUCAGAGCUGAGUGUAAGAUCAAUCUUUUCAUUUGUCUUUGGUUGUAUUGAUUAAAGUUAUGUGCAUUUUUCUGUAAUAAUUGCAUCUGUAAUUUUUAAGGAAGUAUUAACUGUUUCCUAAGCACUCUUCUGUGAAGAAUUAUUCUGUUUUUAUUUCCUGAGGCUAUAUUUAAGUAUUCAUUGGAAUUAUGUAAUUUCGGGUCAUUUUGUAAUUGUUUUCUUUUAAUACAUUCUGAAUCAAAAUGAUAUGUGUACAAAUUCAGAUGUUUUCCUCAAGUUACAUUUUUAAUUUCUUUAUCACCUUUGGCAUUAGACGCCUUUGUUAUGCAUAAUAUUAGAAACUUCAAUCAUGCUUUCAUUUACAUAGUUCCCUUCAGCCAAACAUCAACCAAAUCAUAUCUGUAUUUGUAAAAGUGAUGUAAUAAAAUGUAUUAAAUUAGUAUGAAUAACUGCAAACUACCCUGGUCAGUAUUGUUCAGUUGAGCAUCCUCCCAUACACUGAAAUGUCAUGGUUCCCAUUCGGGGUCAGGGCAUAUCCCCAGGUGUUCGGUUUGGUCCCUGGUUUAGGUACAUAGCAAAGAUGACCAUUAAUGUUUCUCUCUCAUAUAGAUGUUU